GGGUCUACUUUUUUAAAUUAUUUUUUAAUAAUUUAAUUAAGGUCGAGCACUAAGAAAUACAGAAAAGGGGGAUUUUGAGAAUUGAGAGUGUUGUGGAAAAGAAAAUAAUUUGGUUUGCAGACAGAGAAGAUGGGUGUGAGUGACAACCUAUUCGAAGGCUUGCCUCCACCUUCUGCAGAGCGUCAUGGAUCUCAACCACAACAACAAGAAGAAGAAGAGAAAGAAGAAGAAGAGGCCCAACAAUUCCAUCCAAAAACUGCUUCUUCUGGUAAUCCUCCUCAAUCUUCUACCUUACCCGCCUCUCCUCCUCCUGUUCUCAAAAGCGCCCUCAAGCGACCCAAACCCCUCCAGCCAAACCCUGAUGAUGAUGAUAAUGAUGCCACGGCCCCAGCCCCUGGAAAGAAGCUGAGGUUUAAAACCACUACAGAUGCAUCGGAAAAACAAGUUACAGAGGCCAUGCGGAAGAUAGCUUCGCAUAUCAAGAAUCCUUCAAAGUUUAGUAAGGCGUCGAAGCUGGCGAUACAGUUGAUUCAGGCUGGAAGUGUUAAGCCAGAAACCAAGGAUCACUUCUUUGCAAUACUAGAAGCUGCAAUGUCAUCAUCUACAUCUUGUACUGAACCUUCGGUAAGAGCUGAUUACCAUGCACUGUUCUCUGCAGCAAAAGAUGCUUCUCAAUUCCUAAACAAGAAGCAAAAUAAUCAGCUAACUGCAUGGACAAUCAAUGCAGUGGUAGCAAAUGAUUUGUCCACGGAUGAUAGCUUUCAGUUUUCAAAAACAGCGGGACAAAUAAAAGAAGCCAUAUCCAAUCUUCCAGUUGCAACUGAAGAUGAUGAUAUAGAGGAAGCUGCUGCCCUGAAAGAUGAAACAGAGACAACUGAUGAGGACAAACAAACAAAGCAGGACGUAGCAGCUGAAGAAAAUAACAAGCAAGAGUCUGAUCCAUUUGGGCUUGAUGCUCUUAUUCCUAACUCAGGGAAGAAAGGUGAAAAAACAAAGGGCAAGGAAGCAGCAACCAAGAUCAAGGAGGAAGACGAUACUAAGAGAUUCCUCAAGUCACAAAGAGAAGCCUUGAUUAUUUGUUUGGAGAUUGCAGCUCGGCGUUAUAAAACUCCAUGGUGCCAAACAGUCAUAGACAUCUUAGUAAAGCAUGCUCAUGAUAAUGUGGCAAGGUUUACAUCACGACAAAGAGAUGCCAUUGAGAAACUUUGGGCUUCUAUUCGAGAACAGCAUACUCGUAGAAAGAAUGGAAAAUCAGUAACUGGGAAACUUGAUGUAAAUGCUUUUGAAUGGCUGCAGCAGAAGUAUGCUAAUGAGAAAAUCAGUAUUCGCCAUGCUGUUGGAGGUAGUGGAGAUCGUCGUGCUCAACAGUGGCUUGGUUGAUAUUCUUUAUGCAUAAAUGACAUCGUUCUUAUAGAUUUUACCAAAAACAUCAUUCUUAGGUCUCUAGGGAGAUGGUGAGACCAAGAGAGGGGUAAUUGUUCAAUGAGAUGAUCAUCUUUUUGUUUCGAUGUAAAAUGAUUUGCCGUUUAGAACACUCUCUCACUAAUACCAUGUGUGCAUUACGAGAGAAAAUUGUAGUCUCUAAUUAAAUGAAAAAAUUGCAAUGCAUUUGAUAA